AUGGAUCAUUUGGGCAAAUGGACGGCGUUUCUGGACUCCCUACGCAAAGCAGAGCAGUUUCUCACCCAAGACCUGGUGAGAUGGUGGAAGACGCAGCAGCGCCAUAAGGCACCCUUUAAUGCUGAUGCCCUAUCCAAGGGACAUUCGGAUUCCAUGAGGAAUCCAGCAACAGUAGGUUUCCGUGACUAUGUAAUCAGUCUACAUCUUCGCUCUCAAGCCUACCACAUUUAUUUCUUUAUAAUAACCCGAAAAGUAUGUUCAAUCCCGUGUAAGACAGGAAGGCAACAUGUUGAAGAGGUCUUGUUUUGA